CCGCCGCUUGAAGAUUGGCACUGCUUUAUUGUCCGUCGUGGGCGUGUCACUACAAUCUAAAAGUUGCAAAAUCCUUCAUCCCAAUACCGACUGCAACUCGGAUAUAACGUCACCUGGAAAUCGCAUAAUCUCGCCCACCAUGUUCUCCGUCGCGCGCAAGUCGGUCCUCCACACAGCGCGGUCACAGCUCCGGGCCACCGCGUCACCACAAUAUUCCUCCCUUACACGACUCCUCUCUACCCUCGCCCUCCUCGAACAGAAAGACGGAAAGCUACAGCCAACAUCACUAUGCGCCAUCACAGCAGGGACCAAGCUGGGCGGCUCCAUAACAGCCUUUGUUGCCGGAAGUGGGGUCAAGUCGGUCGCCGACGAGGUUGCAAAGGUCAAGGGCAUUGAGAAGAUCGUAUACGUCGACAACGCCGCCUACGAUAAGGGUCUCCCCGAGAACUUUGCGCCACUGCUGGUGGAGAACAUCAAGAAAGGCGGCUACACACAUAUUCUCGCAGGGCAGUCAGCCUUUACGAAGAACCUGUUGCCCCGCGUCGCAGCACUUCUCGACUCUCAGAUGAUCUCUGACAUCACUGGCAUUGAGAGUGAAGACACAUUCGUCCGUCCAAUCUACGCCGGCAACGCAAUCCUCACCGUCCAAUCCAGCGACAGCACAAAAUUCAUCUCCGUCCGCGGCACCGCAUUCCCCGCACCCGAGACUGACGGUGGAUCAGCUACCAUUGAAGAGGGCGUUGAUCCCAAAGCAGAAGCCAAGUCUGAAUGGGUCUCCGAAGACCUCGCCAAGUCCGACCGUCCCGACCUCGGCUCAGCGGAGAAAGUUGUAUCUGGCGGGCGCGGCCUGAAAUCCAAGGAGGAAUUCGACAAGGUCAUGACGCCUCUCGCGGACGCCCUCGGUGCAGCCAUUGGCGCAUCGCGAGCGGCUGUCGACAGUGGGUUUGCCGACAACAGUCUGCAGGUUGGACAGACAGGGAAAAACGUUGCGCCGCAAUUGUACCUAUGUGCUGGUAUUUCUGGCGCAAUUCAGCAUCUGGCUGGAAUGAAGGACAGCAAGGUCAUCGCCGCCAUCAACAAGGACCCCGAUGCGCCCAUCUUCCAGGUCGCAGAUGUUGGUCUGGUUGGUGAUUUGUUUGAUAAGGUACCCGAGCUGACAGAGAAGCUCAAGGCGCAGUAAAUGGCGAGAUAUUUGUGUUUUGUAAUACCAUCGACUGAACAUCGUCUUGGAAAUCAGACGUCUGACAGAACGUGACCAGCAACGCGAACUUGCGUUCGCUCUGGAGCUAGGUCGUAUCGGGUGAUAAUCGGCAUGCAGAAAGCUUAACCGCU